AUGGACCACCACGAUUUCGAGACGAACAUUCAGACCGGUAUCGCAAAAGGGAACAUCCGUGGUGCUGUCCUUUGCGCUGCAGACGCUUCUGGACACUUUACAUACCAGAAAGCAGUUGGGGAGCGAAUACUCCUCACCGGCCAGCACCGUCCGCAGCAACUCGAUGAUGUCUUGUACUUGGCCUCGGCUACCAAGCUCAUCACUACCAUCGCCGCUCUUCAAUGUGUCGACCGCGGCCUACUUAACUUGAUGACGACUUGGGCGCCAUUGCACCCGAGCUUGCCUCUAGGCAGGUUCUCGUAG